UUGAAACCACAAAAACACAAGAUCUUGUUUGAAAAUGGCUUCUUCUUCUUCAUCUUCAUCUUUUCCAUAUCUUGUUCUGGCAUGCCUGAACUUCACUCUCUUCAUCCUCUCCGCAGCUUCAUUAGCACCAACACUCAUCCUCAAAUCAUCACCAACUUCAAUGGGUUGGGCACUUGUCAUGGUUUCUUCAAUCUCUCUCCUCUCAUCUUUCAUAGGCUUCUUCUCUCACUUUUGCUUCAUGACUCAUGUCACCCUCCUCAUAGCUUCCAUGGCUGCUCAAAUGCUUGCAAUUUUAGCCCUUUUCACAAAGGAAAAAUCCAGUCUUUCGAUGCUGAAAUCACCAAGAGACCCGAGAGAAGCAAUGGCGUUGGUGAGGGUGGAGUGUGGGGUGUUGGUGGCGAUGUUUGUGUUGCAGGUGGGUGUUUUCUGUUUGAGCUGUGGUGUGCAUUGGUGUUGGGUGAGAAAGUAUGAAGGAAUGGAGGCGGCGAUGAGGAGGAGCAGGAGUAGAAGGGUGGCGGAGGAACCGGUGGUCAUUGGUGGUGUAGGGAUGAAAGGGAAAGAGUUGGAGAAGAUGAAAGUGGAUUUUGAAGCGUAAAAAUGUUUUGUUUGUGAUUGUGUGAAAUCGAAUCAAAUGGUUGUUGUUACUGGUUAUGUAACGAAUCAUUUUGAUAACAUUAUUUAUUUGUCAUGUUUUAAUAUUUAAGUAUUUAUUUUGUAAGUUGAUAAAA